AUGGCUGCAGAAGAUGAGAAUGUGAUGAUGACACAGAUGGAGACGGGUGAAGGUGUGGACCUGCUGAUGGAGUGUGAUGAGGAAGAACCGUAUAUUCUGCCUGUACUACAACAGAUGGAUCAGGAAAAAGAGGCACUGGAUGCAGAUUUGAGGCCUCCUGACAGUUUGAUGAAGAAUGAAGAAGAAAGAGACACUGGACCAGUUAGGAUAAUCCCUAUUCCAGUCCAGCCUGAGACCAGCAGGUCCCCCACGGCCAGCAGGACAGUGAAGUCUGUAGGUUCAGGGCUCUCCUUCACAGUCAACGGCCGCCGAGUCCCCCUGCUGCCUGGAGGUAGUGGCACAGAGUUGAGGCUGCACUGUCACCCUGAAGGUUCGGCUAGUGGCUUCACCACAGUGCAGAUCCCCGUCACUGUGACCGUCCACAGUCCCGUGGGGACCCGCUGCAUCAACACCAUGGCCUCCCUGAAGACGUCCCCUGCUCCGGCCCCCUCUGCUGCCUUCACACCUCUCCCUGAACCCAACCACAUCCCCGUUAUCACAGAUGUGGUCUCAGGCGAAGCAGCUCAAAAGGUUCUGAAUGACCACAAAGUGAACUUUGAAUCCAACCAUCUGACACCACAGAUACCUCCCCCCUUUGACCCAACAUCAACCCAGACAGCCGUGUCACAGAAAACGUCGACCAAAGCAAUACCCAAACGGCUCCAAAAUGGUGACGUUGAACCUGUUGUUCCCCCAAACUGUUCCAUCUGCUCCUCUCAGUACAAAUACAUCCCAGAGUUGCGGGGAUUCAUGUGUCUGUGCAGUCCUGCCAUUGCUCUGAGUCUGAGGAACUUGAAGAAACAGAUGAUGAAUCAGAUAGAAAAAAAACGCAGGAGAAGCAGAAAUAAGAACAAAUCGACAAAAACCAGCAAGGACCCUCAAAGCUCCAAUAAAGAGAAAAGGACGUGCCCGAAAUCUUCUGCUACUAGAGUUGUCACUCCUCCUCAGAGGCGACACUCCGAUGACUUUGAGUCAGAUGUGCAGUCCAGUCCUGGAUCCCCCUCCAACAAAAUGAGCCUAACACAGCAGAACCAGCCUGCACCACCGUCUCAACCCCCACAGGGUAAACUGGUGAUACUGGUGGAGGAUUUUUAUUAUGGCUGUGACCCCGGGCGUGCCACGACCUGCCUGCCGGGCGGAAAGAUGGGUCGGCCAUACCCGUGCAUCCAUUGUCCCAAGACUUUCAGCAACAACAUCAAGUUGAUGAAUCACAUGCAUGAGCAUGCGUCCAUGAUUUCGCAGCUUGCUGGAAAGGUGGAAUGUGCGUCCUUCUGUCCUCACUGUUUUCGUCCCUUCCUGUCGCCGCUGAAGCUGCAGAGCCACCUGGAAUCUGUUCACAACGGCCGGGAGUCCACAGUGAAAUGUAAAAUCUGUGAGGUGGCAUUUGACAGUGAACCAGAUUUCCUUUGCCACAUGAAGUCCACUCACAGGCCAGGAGAGAUGCCCUAUGCCUGCCAGGUUUGUGACUUCCGGUCGUCCUUCUACUCUGAUGUCUGGUCUCACUUUGAGCUGGUUCACAGUAACACCAAAUACUUGAUGUGUCCCUACUGCCUCAGGGUGCUGCGUAAUAACAACUGCUACCAGCAGCAUGUUGCCCAACACCAGAAGAAAUAUAUUCACAGCUGUGAAAAGUGCCGUCUUCACUUCCUGUAUAUUAAAGAGCGCACUGAACACAAACUACAGCAUCACAAAACGCACAUCACACCCCCCCAGCUCAGCGGACUAAAACCUGGAACAAAGGUGACUGUCAGGACGUAUUCUGUAGCUGGAAGUCAUGAGAGUGGGGGCGGACCGAAGAAAACAGUCGCUCCAUGCAAGGUGGUGGACGUCGCCCCGCCUCCCCCCCCACAGGAAUCUACAAAGAAGAAACCGGUUGAAAGCUUGGGGCCUCUGCUGUCCCAGCUGAGCACAGACAGUGACCUCGGCGCCUCUCAUCGCUGUAUCGAGUGUCUACAUUCAGUCCCAGACCUCAAGGUUCAUUUUCCGUCUCUGGUCCGCUGCUCGCUCUGCAGAUUCGUCACCUGCUGCUCCACCUCCUACGCCAACCACAUGAUCAUUAAUCACUCCUUCAACAGGGACGUCCCUCAGUUCUCCACCAUCUUCCAGUCGGCUCCAAGGUUGCCUCUGACGAUAAGAUCCCAAGAGUGGAGUGCGUACAGACCUGAGACUCCCAACUCCGAGAGCGGUCAGAAUGGAGCCUUUGUCCCCAUCCACCUCAUGCCCUGUGCUCAGACUUGGCUGUCAGUCAAACCCCUCCCUCACCCGUCUCCUCCACCAUUCACUCCUGCCAUGACCAUCAAGUUCCUGGGCCCCAAACCAGCCGGAGCGGCUGUGCACGCCCAGCUUUCGGCGGUCCUGUCGGCUCUGUGUCAUGGCGCCGCUCAGGCAGCCCGCCAGCACCAGACGCCCCCCGCCACCAUCAGGGUCUGGAUCAGCCAGCAGCAGCGCGGGCUGUCGGACAGGAAGUGGCUGUGGAGGACAGAGAAGAUGGCAGAGUGGAUGCUGUAUCGAAGGGAGCAGCAACUGAGUGUGGACGAAGACGCCCUGCUGCAGAAAGCCCAGAUGGUUCUGGGGGGGAACAGCCAGGUGGACUUUUACCGGUGGACGGUAGACUUCAUGCUGAGGCACGAGCUGGGACUCCAAACAUCCAGAAACGCCAGGCUGAAGGCCGUCCUGGACAGUAGCCACGCAUUCAUGCAGAAACUCAUUUCACAGAUCCAGAGUCGAGAUCUUCCUCCAAACUGCUUGGGCUGCCUGGACGAGCUUCCCGUCUUCAUCAACCUGGACCAGUUCUCUGACCAAGACCCGCAGGCCCUUAAGCUGUUCGGCUCCCCCGAGGACAGACCCCUGCUGGAUGUCACCCUCUCGGCUCUGUCAGACGGCAGUUUCCUGCCCCCCCUGCUGUUCUUCACAGGGACCUCACCCCAUGUCCCCGACGGCUUUCCAGACAACGUGAUCCUGGAGGCUCGACAGGAAGGGUUCACAGACGAGGAACGGAUGCAAAUAUGGCUCGAUAAGGUGUGGCAGCCCCAUGUGACCUCAAAGUAUGACCACCACUCCCUCCUGUUGAUGGAUCAGUAUCGAGGACACGUGAGUGGCAAGUGCAGAAAGAGUCUGUCUGCUGCCAGGACAAUCGCGUCCUUAAUCCCACCGGGAUGCGGCUGUCGCCUGCAGCCCCUCGAAAUCUGUGUGACACAUGUCCUCAGAGACUUCCUGCAGGCCCGUUGGACUCAGCUGGUCUCUGAUGGGGGCCUGGACGGUCUGGAACUGCAUCAGCUGGCUCUGACCCUGGCCUGCUGGCUCAGUGAAGUCUCAUCCACUCUCAAUUCAAAGACGCACUUCCUGCGCAGAUCAUUUAGUUUGACGUGCACUACGCAGACUGAGGAGGAUCACGGCGAGGCAGAGAGGAUGAUCUCAGCGCUGGCCGAGGCUCUGAUUCAGCCGAUGGAGGCCAAAGAGCCAAUACUGGUGCCGAAGGCCGAGCAACACCAGGCUGUACUUCUGCUGGCGAUGAAGAAGGAGAUAAAGAUGGAAAGAAAUUGAGGAGAAAAAGUAGGAGAGGAGUGAGCACUGAUGCACUUUUUCACGAGGCGCUCGGAGGACAAAGCUGUGGCCCCAACGUGGACACAGGUGUUUCUUAGUUUCUUAUCAAUCAGUCGUCUGACCAUCAAAAUCUAAGAAAACGUUUUUUAAAUGAGAUUUUUCCAAUAAAGUAAGUGUGAUAGGUUUGGAGGAAGGUUGCUGUAACUUAGAAGAGCUGAUUUAUUGUGAAGCUGCAGAUUCUGACACUGAAUGAUCUAGAGCUAGUGCUACAAGAGAAGUGCAGAUCCAGCCUGCACAGCUGUUCUCUGUUCCUCUGAGUAUCCAGAAUAUUUGGUAAAAGACCGCAUUAACAGCCCAGAGUGAUGAAACACCACCCUGGAAAUUUUGUGUUGAUUCACCAAUUGUGGCAGCGCUGAACUAGAACCAGAUAUGAAAAAAAUCUAUCUUCAAUAAGCUGUUUAUAAUUGAUUGAUACACGUGCAAGAACCAGUGGUCUAAUUAUCACUUAUUUGUGUCCGUUUUCAGGCAUUAAGGAGGAAUGAAUUGUUGAUUAGUGAAGUUGAACUGAUAAAUAUGGUUAAGCUAAGAAUGACGAUCACUAUGUAAAAUAUUUCUUUUUCGCUGCUUGUUCGUGUUCCUGUUAUCCAGUCAAUGAAGAUAUUUUUACGGUUUUAUUAAAAAAAUAAAGAAGA